UUAAAUUCUAUUGAGCCAAUAGAAAUGGUUAUGUUAGAGAGUGCUAUAAGAUACAUCAUAAUCUGCUUCCAACAAUUCGAGUUAUUGGGAUCAACUUGUUCUUGACAUGGUAUCAGAGCCUUCUGUGACCGGGAGGUCUUGUGUUUGAUUCCUGAUGACCCCUUUUGUUAAGCACAUGGUAUUCGGACCUGUGCAAACUUCAAGCCCUUGUGAGUGAUUUUCGUUUGGUAUCAGAGCUGGUUUGACCAAGUGAUCGUGUGUUCUAAUCUCCAAUAUUCCCCGUAGGUCUCGAGUUAUUGUGAUCAACUAGUUUUUUUUUGUCAAUAGUAGCUGUAACAAUCAGUCAUACAAAGAAAAAAGAAAAGCGCGGGAUUCGACCAAUCGUCGAACUCCCGAUGAAAGGGCCUGAUGUGCCACAAGAUGAGCAACCCUGUUAAGUCGACGAGAGACAAAACAAAAAGAACGCCAGGUGAACUGAGCCGCCAAAGUCCUUGCCUCUUCCAGCACAGCACCACACCGAUCAUGCGCCAAAUCACAUCGCACCAUACGUUGGAUCAAAUUUUGAGAAUCCCCAUGGAAUUUAACACAAACAAAACCAUGAGUUAAGCACCAUUUUAAAGCAUCUCUGAGAGCUAAGCACUCCAUGGUAAAAGGAUCACUUAGACCAUCAUAGACUUGCCAAAAGCAAAUAUGCGGAGAAGGGGGAGACGGGGAGUGAAGACUGAAGCCUCCGCCGCCGUAACCGCCCCGCCGGCCCGACUAUAGUCCAAAUAGUUUCUUCUCCGAGUCUUCUCUCCCUCAUCAUUCCUUUCCUUAAAUUACUGCCAUCCCAAUUUUGAAGCAGAUCUCUCUCUUCUCUCUGCCGCCUACCUCAACUGCAUCAAUGGAUCUCUCAAUUGCGCUGACCUUCCCUUCCAUUACCACCAAACCUUCCCCUUCUCACCUUCUUCUUUCCCGCUCUCUCUUCCGCAGCUCUUCGCCCGGAAGAUCCUUGCUCUUCACUCGAAACCCCUCUUCUUCCCGCCAUAACCACCGCACUCCUAGACAACGACUCCGCCGCCGUGUUUCCGCAGCCGUCGACGACGAUGAUGGCGGCUUCGUCCUCGAAGAUGUCCCUCACCUGUCCGAUUUCCUCCCCAAUCUCCCCCUGUAUCCCAAAUUCCCAAUCCUUUGGAGAAGAGCCAAGCUUAUGCCAUUGUCAAGCAAACCUUCGUCGGCCAGGAAGAUGCGGUGGCGCAGCAGGUCGUUGUUCAUAAAGGCAGCCCCCGAGGAGUACGCUUCCGGCGAGCCGGCCCUCGAGAAAAGGUUCUUAUCCUACUCUAGCUUUAUCCCCCCCCGCGACGAUGACACGGGGAGGUAGUACGUGCAACAAACCUCGUGUCAGGAUUGGGUAAUUUGCGGGCCUGCUGCCUUCCUUGGAUGUGGUAGUCGUUUCUCAGGCUCUCUCUCCGGAAUCGAACCCUAAUUCUCCGUCACCCGUCACCACCAUGGUAGGCCUCUAUCCUACCAUCGAAAGUUGAUAGGACAGAAAUUUGAAUGAUGCGUCGCCGGCACGGGCCAUGCGAUCCGUCGAGUUAUCAAGAAUCGUCAAAACUACGGGCAGAGCCCGUGUUGACCUUUUAUCUAAUAAAUGCGCCCCUUCCAGAAGUCGGGGUUUGUUACAUCGGUAUUAGUAAUGGUACAUGUACCACCAAUUUGGUACCAAUCUUCAGUAAUUGUUACCAAUACCAUUAAUUUGGUACCAUUCUUAUUAAUGUAACUAGUACCACUGAUUAUGUACGAGUCUUAGUAAUGGUUACACGUAGCAUUAAUUGGUACCAGUUUUAUUAAUGGUACGAGUACCACUGAUUUGGUACCAGUCUUAUUAAUGGUUAUCAGUGGCAUAAAUUUGGCAUCAAUACUAUUGAUUUGUUAACAGUACCAUUGAUUUGGUACCAGAUAAGAGAUAUUUCUAUAGGCAGUGGAGAAGGUACUGAAUUUUCAGAAUCAAACACCAAAUCAAUUGUGCCAAUGUAAGCAACAGUACUUUACCCAAGAUCAAAUUAAAGACAAGAAAUACCCAUCAGCUUCUUCAUACUUGGAAACGUACAUAAAGCAAUUAUGCUACUCUUUAAAUCCAAACACACAACCUAGCCCAACCUAGCCCAACCUUCUUCUCAUCCGAAAUACCGGCCUCCAUAAUCUCGAUGAUUGAAGUCGGACUGCGCACUUCUUCUUGAAGGUGCUUUGACUUGAUGCUACAGUCUGUUGCUUCUUCUUCUUGUUGCGACUCUUUGUUUCCUCAUCACGUGGUCGUUUUUUACUAGGCCCAACACUCGAAUCACUUGAGUCCCCCAAGCGUAUUGCUACCUGUCGAUAUGCACAACCAUCAGGUUGUGUGUUUUCCCGGAUGAUAUGGCUGAGAUCUUUGUUCUGCCAUUCCUGCAACAACAACAAAAAAUGCUUGGUACGAAUUUUUACUCAAAACUUCAAGAGGGUUAUCUUGUCACAGAGAUCCACACUUCUAAAAUGAUAUCACUACACAAGUACUGCUACUAAUACUAUUAGCAAUGUAGAAUGUUACUGUACAAUACUACUACUAACAAUCUAGAAUGUUAUUGGUACCAAUCAGUAUGUAAUGGUUACUCUUCAGUGGUACUACUACAAAUCAAUUGGUACCAGUCCCACUACAGAUAGAACAAGUUGUGUCAUUCCAUUAAACUACCACUAUUGGCAUACCACUGUCAUUGGUACCAGUAACACAAUUACCAUUACAACUGGUACCAAUAUAAAACUACCAUUCAAUCAUACCGAAACGAAUACAACGGUACCUGAAGCCCCCAUAAGUGGUACUUGUACCAAUAAGUGUGUACUUGUAUCAAUUCAUUGUUACUGGUACAAAUCAAUUGGUAUUACUAUCACUACAUCUAGAACAAGUUAUAUCAUUCCAUUAAACCACCACUAUUAGCAUAUCAAUGUUAUGGGUACCAGUAACACAACUACCACUAGCACUAUACGAAUUUAAGACUACCAAUGGAUCAUACCAACAACAAACAAACACACCACACAAGAAAGACAGGCCUGCAUGUGGCUUAUUCCAACGUUGCAUUAGGAAAACAAAAGCAGUAGUGUAAAGAAACCUCACCGACGAUUGUUUGUACGACCGCAGAAACGAACGACGGCGAAAGGAUGUUCGCCUAUGCACUUAACCAGAAGGAGAAAAAAACUAGUUAGGAUAACCAGAAGUGAAUAGAAAAAGAUGAAGAAGUGGAGAGGAGCGAUAGAGCCGACGAAUCGGGACGGGAAAGCAAGCAUAAAAGGAGACUAAAUGA